AUGCGUGCCGGUAUCCCUAUUUCUGCCGUUGCUGCAUUGUUGCUUGUCAGUCACCACGGCCUGGCGGUCGCCGAUGAGUUGGACGACGUCAUUGCGGCCGAUGAAUCUGCCUCGAGCACCUCUGUUGCGCUUCCCCAGUUUACGCCCACUUCUUUGAAGGCUCCUUUCUUGGAGCAGUUCACUUCAGACUGGUCAGAGCGCUGGACUCCUUCUUCGGCUAAGAAGGAUGACAAGGAUGGCAAGGAGGAGAUGUCUUACGUCGGAAAGUGGUCCGUCGAGGAACCUACCGUCUUGAAGGGCUUGGCACAAGAUCUCGGUCUCGUCCUUAAGUCUCCCGCCGCUCACCACGCCAUCUCCGCCCCCUUCCCCGAGCCCAUCGACAACACCGACAAGACCCUCGUCGUCCAAUACGAAGUUAAGCUCCAAAAGGGUCUUGAAUGUGGUGGUGCCUACCUCAAGCUCCUCUCCGCCGACACCGUCGCCGGUGUCGAGGCGCAGGAGUUCUCAAACAACACCCCUUACCAGAUCAUGUUCGGUCCCGACAAGUGUGGUGCGACUAACAAGGUCCACUUUAUCUUCCGUCACAAGAACCCUAAGACUGGAGAGUAUGAGGAGAAGCACCUUACCGCUCCUCCUCCCUCCAAGAUCACGAAGCAUUCUACCCUUUACACCUUGAUCGUUAACCCCGAUCAGACCUUCGAGAUCAGGAUCAACGGCGAUAAGGCAAAGUCUGGAUCUCUUUUGGAGAACUUUACUCCGGCUGUUAACCCCGCUGCCGAGAUCUCCGACCCCGAGGACUUCAAGCCCGCUGAUUGGGUUGACACCCCCCAGGUCGUCGAUCCCUCCGCUACUAAGCCCGCGGACUGGGAUGAGGAUGCACCCAUGACAGUCCCCGACAUGGAUGUCGAGAAGCCUGAAGACUGGCUUGAGGACGAGCCGGAGUACAUCCCCGACCCUGACGCCGAGAAGCCCGAGGACUGGGACGACGAGGAGGAUGGUGACUGGAUCGCCCCCACUGUCUCCAACCCCAAGUGCGAAACUGCCUCGGGCUGUGGACCCUGGAUCAGACCUUUGAAGCGUAACCCUGACUACAAGGGCAAGUGGUCCGCACCCCUUAUCCCCAACCCUGACUACAAGGGUAUCUGGGAACCCCGCAAGAUCUCCAACCCGGACUACUACGAAGACCUCACCCCCUCCAACUUCGAGCCCAUCGGCGCUAUCGGCUUCGAGUUGUGGACGAUGCAGAGCGAUAUCCUCUUCGAUAACAUCUAUGUCGGACACUCCGUCGAGGACGCAGAGGCUCUCGCAGAGGAGACUUGGAAGGUCAAGUAUGCGAAUGAGAAGGCAGAGGAAGAGAAGAACGUCAAGGCUACCCCUGAGCCAACAAAGCAGGAUUCAAAGGGUAAGGUGAGCCCGUGGAAGGAGGAUCCCGUGGGUUACGCGAGCCAGCAGUUGGAUAUGUUCUACCAGAUCUUCAUCCGUGACCCGCGCUCCGCAUUGGAGAUGAUGCCUGAGGUCGCUACCGCGAUCAUCGUCGGUCUCGUUUCUCUCCUUGCCACCAUCGGUGGUCUUCUUGCGUGGUUGACUGCGCCGGCUGCGAAGCCUAGCCAGGUCGUGAAGAAGGCUGCGGAGAACGUCAAGGCUGAUGCUAAGGCGAAGAAGGAGCAGGGACAGGUUGUGGAGAAGGAGAGGAUUGUGGCGGAGGAGACGACGGCGAGCCCGGUUGCGCUUGCUGAGGAGGAGAAGGUUACGAGGAGGAGUACUAGACGUGUCGAGUAA